AUGAAGCCGUCGCUGACCAUCAGCGUUUGGCUCAUACAGGGAGUGCUGUGCAUGAUAGAGUUCUUUACCCCCGAUGAAUUGAGGUACACAUUCGGAGUUACUGAGCAUGGAAAAGUCCCAGUUUAUUCUGAAUUUUUUCCCGUCCUUAAACAUCAUCCAGAUGGUACCUUGGAUAGCCUGUCAGUUGAGGUCAAUAACAAACAUCACACUUUCAAAUUAGAAGCAACACUACAAGAAUUGUUAGGAGAACACUUCACUGUUGUUUACCGAGACGAGAAACACGGAGGGCAGUUGAUUCUAAACCCCAAGCCUGCCAGUUGCCAUUACCGGUAUGUCUCAAACGAAACGCAUGUCGCGAUUAGUAAUUGUGAUGGUCGAAUAAGAGGAACAAUAAUUAACAGCAAUGGUAUUCAUGUGAUAAAUCCAUUUCCUGACAGACACGCUCAUCGAGCAAAAAGAGGCGUAAACAGUGAUAAUGGAGUCCAUGUCGUUUUCAAACGAGAAGCCGUAGCAAGUGUUGUUGAUUUCUGUGGAUUAGACAAUGUAGUAACUGAAGAGCAACUCACCGAAGAUGAAUCAGCCAUUUUCGAAGAUGUGUUUGUUACUGGACAACGUCUACAACAAGCGAGCGAUUUGGUGGUCGAACUCGCUGUUUUUAUCGAUGAGACACUAUGGAGACAUUUUAGUAACAAAUACGCAGGACAAGCUCACACCAAACUGCAGGACUACAUGUUGACUUUACUAAACAAUAUCCAAAUCAUGUACUAUCAGCCUUCAGCGUCUCCGCCAUUGACGUUCCGAGUUAUUCGCUACGAAGUUCUUACAAGUCAGCCCAAUUUGAUCGCUGGAAGUACACAUAACCAUGGAAAUGCUCAAAUGUAUCUCGACCGUUUUUGUCGUUACCAACGUAACUUGGGCAUCCGCGAUUGGGAUCAUGCUAUAAUGUUAACAGGGUACGACAUUCAUCGUGGAGCAGGUUCGAGAUCUAUUUCUGGGAUUGCGCGGCUUGAUGGCAUGUGCGAUCCCUGGAACACCUGUACCCUAGCUGAAGGCCUCGACUUCACGUCAGCCUUCAUUGGCACUCACGAACUCGGUCAUAGUGUUGGAAUGAGGCACGACGAACCUUACUGUCCAUCGAAGCACAUAAUGAGCUCUUCUUUGGGACCAGGCAAAGUGACGUGGUCGACGUGUUCUCUCAGAGAUUAUCACCAGUUUUUACAACGACUCGACGCUCGUGGCAAGAACUGUCUCCGGGUUUCUAACAUGCCAACGAAGUUAACGAUACCAACCAAUACAAAACCUGGACAGAUUUACGAUGCGAAUUUGCAGUGUGAACUCAUGCAUGGACCAGGUUACCAACAGGUGACACCACGACAGGAUGCCUUUGAUGGAAUUUGCUAUAUGAUGUGGUGUGGCCAGUCUUCAUUUGGCCGGAUCAUAACCUCUCAUCCUGCCCUUGAAGGGACAUUUUGUGGGUCAAAUAAAUGGUGCCAGCUCGGUAGAUGUGUGCCGUGGAGUGGAAACCAGAUUUCUGCAACGACUUCUCCCUUGGCGAACAUGAAGACACUUCCACCGCUUCCACAAAUGACGACUAACCCUGCGUGGACAUUUCCUAAAAAAGUGGAUGGAGGAUUUUCAGUCUGGUCAACUCCCAACUGUAAUCAGUGCACAUGCAAUCCUAUCAUUGACGGAGUUGGCCUUGCUAUUUCGCGAAGAACUUGCUCGAAUCCAUUUCCAGCUAAUGGUGGUGAAGAUUGCUCGGGGUCUACCAUCCGCGCAAUUGUUUGCAACAAAUCAUGUCCAAAGCAGAUGCGAACAGUAGAUGAGUACAUCACGGAAAAGUGUACGGAACACAAAAAUCUCAAAAACGACCAAGAUCUUACCGGUUCUGGGAGCCAGCUCAAUCGUUUCCCUCAAAGAGCAUGCAAGGUAUUCUGUGACGUUGCGAAUCGUCUCGGAGGACAAAGAAACUAUCGAUUUUUUGGCGAUAACCUGCCUGACGGUACUUCUUGUGGUUACGACCGCUACUGUCUUGAUGGCGAAUGUUUGCCUCUCUCGUGUUCAAACAAUGCCUUAAUCGGCCGUGAUAUAUCCUGUCCCACUGAAAAUUGUUCAAACGAUACUCUCCACUUUGUGAAAGGAGAAUGGGGACAAUGGAGUCUCUGGACAACGUGCACAGUUACUUGCGGCGGAGGCUACCGGAAAAGGUCACGUAGUUGUUCUGUGAAAGGACGCUGUGAUGGUGCCGAAACAGAAACAGAACAAUGUUCAACUGCAACUUGUCCAACUAUUGUAGUCACGGAUGGAUCACGUUGGACAAGUUGGACUGAGUGGAACCAUUGUUCGGUGUCGUGUGGACGAGGAUCACAAGCACGUUACCGAAAAUGCGUCACUGCUCAAAGUUUGCUUGCCUUUGAUUGUCCUGACACGAACAUAGAAGUUCGUGCAUGUGAUGCUGGUACGUGCACCGGAGUCGGGGUUUGGGCAUCUUGGACGGAAUGGAGCACUUGUUCAACAUCUUGUGGUCCUGGAACCAUGGUUCGCAAUCGAGGAUGUCAUAAGGAGCCAUGCGACGGAUCGGCACAUGAAAGAAGGUCAUGUAAUAUGGUCGUUUGCGUGUCACCUUCAGGUCAGUGGACUCAGUGGAAUGAGUGGUCAGAGUGUAGUCGACUUUGCGGCCGUGGCAUCCGUUCAAGAAGCAGGAGUUGUUACGGAUCUGGAUGUUUUGGUAUUGGCAGUGAUCAGUCGUUUUGCAAUGAGCACUCCUGCGAAGGUAGUGUUGGUGAAUGGGCUACAUGGUCGUCUUGGAGUCAGUGCUCUGCAACCUGUGGAGCCGGUGUGAAGAGGCGAACCCGCUACUGCAGAUCAGGCAGUUGUCCUGGAAACUACAAGGAAUCUGCCAUUUGCAAUGACCGUGAAUGUGAAAGUCGCAACGCUGCCUGGGGAGGGUGGGGGUACUGGUCCACUUGCAGCGAAACAUGCGGAGAGGGAGUCCGGAAACGAGUGAGAAAAUGUUACGGCAGCGGUCAAUGUGGGGGCAAUGAGUACGAGAAACAGUCGUGCUUCGUGCGCGCAUGCGACAAAAUAUAG